CGCGUGGUUGUUCAACAUAUCUUUCCUACAUUAUCACUGCAUGUGAAAGCCUCCAACUUCCCCAAUUCCCAUCUUCAUCUCUUUCUCUGCAGAUCUUCAAUCCAAUUCAGCCAUGCAACAGUCCACACUGUUGUUACCGCUCUUGUUACUCCUCGCCACUAAUUCAGCUCGCUCUCAACCUUUUGACUACCCAGCCGCCAACCUCUCGACCAUCUGGACCAACGACGAGUCCUUGAAGCACAACGUCUCGUACCCGGACGGCUCAACCAUCCGCGCACUGCUCCUCCGCGGCAGCUUCGGUCAAUCCUUUGCCUUCGGCUUCUACUGCUCCACCUCCUCCUGCACCUCCUUCAUCCUCUGCCUCUGCCUCGUCUACACCAACAGUGGCUCUUAUAUCACCAAGCCCAUGCAAGCCCCUCCCCAAGUUCUCUGGUCACCCAACCGCUCCCGUCCUGUUCGAGAGAAAGCCUCUCUUCACCUCACCUCCAAUGGUGACCUCAUACUCUACGACGCCGACUCCACCGUCGUCUGGUCUACUAACACCUCCGGCCUUGCCGUCUCUGGCCUUAAUCUCACUCUCAAUGGAAACCUUAUUCUCUUUAACAGGAAUAACAUCCCGGUGUGGCAAUCUUUCGAUCACCUUACUGACACUCUUAUUGUUGGGCAGUCUCUGAAGCUUGGCCAGCGGCUCACUGCCAACUCCUCCACGACCAACUCGACCGAGAGUUCACUCUACUUCACUCUUCUUUCCGAUGGGCUUUCCGCGUUCAUUGAUUCCAAUCCUCCCCAAAUGUACUAUCACUCCUCGGUGAAAGGAAGCCAGAACAUCACGUACAGUAAUGGCAGCUUGGUGUUCUCUCCGAAUGGUGAAUCCAUCUCUUUACCCUCAGCGCCAUCGAUGCAGUACAUGAGGUUCGAGUUUGAUGGGCAUCUGAAGGUUUACUCUUGGACAGACGCUUCUGGAUGGAGUAUAAUCGGCAAUGUCUUUGCGGGUUCCAUUGUUGAUGAUUGUGGGUACCCGACCGUGUGCGGUGCUUAUGGGAUUUGCUCAGGAGGGCAAUGCAGCUGCCCGGCAAAUGGAAGCACACCUUUCUUUGAUCAGGUUGAUGGUCGACAACCCAAUCUCGGUUGCAAGCUCAAGACUCCUCUUUCUUGCCAAGCUUUACAGAAUCAUCAGCUCUUGACUCUUAACAACGUUUCCUAUUUCAAUUAUGUGGAUUCUAGUGCGAAAAUUCAUUCAAUUAAAACUGAAGCUGCUUGCAAAUUGGCUUGUUUGACAAAUUGUCCCUGCAAGGCGGCUUUUUUCCAGUAUGGUGGUGAUAUUUCGGAUGGUUCUUGUUAUCUGCUGACACAGGUCUUUUCAAUGAGGAACAAUGUGCCGGAUGUUAGUCACUACAAUUCAUCAGCGUAUAUCAAGGUUCAAGUAAAUCCUUCUCCACCUUCUUUGACUACAGGGGAGAGAUCAUCCAAUCUUGCAAUCAUACUAGGAUCGGUAUUUGGUGGUUUGGUAGUUGUGUCUCUUGUUGCAUGUAUUGUUCUUGUUGUUUGGAGGAGAAAGAUGGCCUCUGAGUUGGAAGAAGAUGAUGAGUUUGAUCAAGUUCCUGGCAUGCCUGCAAGGUUUUCGUUUGAAGAGUUGAGGAUUGCAACAGAGAAUUUCUCGAAAAAGCUCGGUCAAGGAGGGUUUGGUUCUGUAUUUGAAGGAGAACUAGCAGAUGGUGUGAAGGUAGCAGUGAAACGGCUAGAUGAAAUUGGACAAGGGAAAAAAGAAUUCUUGGCAGAGGUUCAAACAAUUGGGAGCAUUCAUCACAUCAAGUUGGUGAGAUUGAUCGGCUUUUGCGCCGAGAAAACUUAUCGACUUCUUGUUUAUGAGUACAUGCCAAAUGGAUCAUUAGACAAAUGGAUUUUUCAUGCCAGUAAAGCUGAUGAUCUUGACUGGAACACAAGACGUAGGAUCAUUACUGAUAUAGCCAAGGGACUGUCAUAUCUUCAUGAAGAAUGUAGACAGAGAAUAGCUCAUUUGGAUAUCAAACCACAAAACAUACUUUUAGAUGAGCAUUUCAAUGCCAAGGUCUCUGAUUUUGGAUUGUCUAAGUUGAUUGACAGAGAACAGAGCCAAGUCAUGACCAGAAUGAGAGGAACACCAGGGUACUUGGCUCCUGAAUGGCUGACAUCUAUAAUCACUGAGAAAGUAGACAUAUAUAGUUUUGGUGUUGUUGUAAUGGAAAUAGUGUGUGGGAGAAAGAAUCUGGACUAUUCCCAGCCUGAGGAAAGCAUGCAUCUGGUAAGGCAGCUACAGAAAUUCAUUCAGGAAAGCAAAGUGGAGGAUCUGGUUGAUAGCCAUAGUCAUGAUAUGCAAUUGCACAAGAAGGAAGUGGUUGAGAUUAUUUGGCUUGCAAUGUGGUGCUUACAAGCAGAUAGCAGUAGAAGGCCUUUGAUGUCAGAAGUUGUGAAAGUUUUAGAAGGUUCAAUCAGUGUAGAGCAUGAACUAGACUUUGAUUUCUUGUCCUCAACUCCAGCUGUGGCGCCUAAUGCAAAGUAUUGGAGUGAUUCAGCUCCAAUGAUGGACUCAGUUUUGUCAGGACCAAGAUGAAAGAACUAUUUGAUCAAAUUGGUAAUUAAAUAGUUCCAACUUGUCUUGUUUCAAGUUGUUGAAAGUUUCAUGGUCUCUUUUUUCGGUGUAUUUGUUAUAGCUGUGUGCUGUGUUUCUCAAGGCAAAUGGAUUGCUUUCGCAUGAUGUUUCAAGUUUGUA